AUGGCUUCUGCUUACAAUAGAUGGUCGAGGCCUGAAGUGUACCCAUUGAUGGUAGCACUUGGUGGUGUUGUUGGUCUCUGUGCCUUCCAACUGGUUCGGAAUAUCUGCUCCAACCCUGAUGUGAGGGUUAACAAACAGAAGAGAAGUGAAGGGGUGUUUGAUAACUUUGAGGAGGGUAAGAAUUAUAAAGAACAUAGCAUCAGGAAGUUCCUCCGAAAUAGACCUCCUGAAGUCAUGCCGUCAGUCAACAAGUUCUUCUCGGAGCCCAAGGAGAAGCACAACUGAAACCGGACCAUCUACCAUUCUUCCAUUCCAUCUCGUACUGCUGCUGGGUUCUUUGAUUCAUUCUUCAGAAUUCAUUGAUUAUUUAUAUAU